GCGGCGUCCAGCAGCACCUCCAGGACGCUGGGCCCCGGCUCCAUGGUCACUCCCAGCCCCAGGCCUCGACUGUUUACCUCAGGCCGCGGACUCCCCCCCCGGCGCCACUGCCGUCGCAACCCAACCCGAGGGCUGGCAGACCCGGAAGUUCAGCAGUGCUGCGGCUGCUGCAGCGUAAUGGCUGAAGGAUGGAGCUAGUGUCUGGGCUUGCGUCCUAUGCCCUGGCCAAGUUCCUCUUUCUUUCACGGCUAUCAGUUAAAGAAGAUGCGGAAAAAAUCAGAAAGAUGGAAGAGAAAACGCUAGAAGUCUAUGACAUUAUUCGUACAAUUCGUGAUCCAGAAAAGCCAAACACCCUGGAAGAGUUGGACGUGGUCACUGAAGAAUGUAUAGAUGUGAAGUUACUAACUGAUGAUGAAUAUCUCAUCAUUAUUCGAUUCACACCAACAGUUCCUCACUGCUCUCUAGCCACUCUGAUUGGUCUCUGUCUACGAGUCAAGUUGCAACGAUGCUUACCUUUCAAACACAAGUUGGAAAUCUACAUCUCUGAAGGGUCGCACACCACUGAGGAAGAUAUUAACAAGCAGAUCAAUGAUAAGGAGCGAGUGGCGGCAGCAAUGGAGAACCCAAAUUUGCGGGAGAUCGUGGAGCAGUGUGUUAUAGAGCCCGACGACUAACUGCUGGAGAAGGGACUCUGGUUGGUAGCCUGCAGUUCACCAGGUCUACCAGUAUAAGGAAAGCCUGCAGGGGGCACCUCUCCUUGUGCAAUGAACUUUAAUGCGCUGGCAAUCAUUUAUGGAAACACUUCACUUUUGUUGUAUAUUCGUGUCAUUUGAUGAGAUUUGUGUUAUUUCUAUCAUUGAGAAAUUCACUCAGAAUGUGUUUUUGAUAUAUCUUGACAGGACUUGAAGCAUGAAAAAUAACCAGGAGUGCUUCAGACUAUUACUCUGACAACAUUGCAUUACUGUUCAAUCAUUAAAACAAAAUUUUUUAAGAACAAUGUAAGAGAACACUGAAGAACUGUGGCUACUGAUCCCAAUUGUGGUGAUCCCAGCCUGUGGGAGAGGGAAAGUAUCCCACCAUACCCAGUCUAUAGUUUUAUGUCCGUCUCAGACACUCCUGACAAGGCUGCCUGGAGUUAAAGAAAAAAAUAAAACACUGGAAGUAUUUGGCAGGUUAGGCAGCAUCUGUGAAUAAAGGAAUAGAGUUGGGGGUUUCCAAGUUGCUGACCUUUCAUCAGACCCUGCCAAGUGUUCCAGCAUCCUGAUCUCAGAUUUUCAGAUCUGCAGUAUUUUGUUUUUGUAGGUUCUAGAGGUGAUGUGAAAUUAUUCCAUACAAAUUUCAUCCCUCUAUAUGGGGUUUGAUUCCCUGGGACCAGGCCAUAUACCAGAUGUAUCGGAUCACAAUGAAUUAUGAAGCAGUCCCAAGUGGGCUAGCUGGGAAUUUGCUACCAGACUGUGUGCUCUUGAUCUUUCCCCUCAUUCUAGUUCAGUAUUUUUCAGGGUCUCCAAAGUGUGAGGGGAGCAGCCAGCAAUUGACAAGGAAAUAGUUAAUUUCACAACCUGUAACAAUGCAGAGAGUGACUACCAAUAGAAUAAAUGUAAAGCUUGAAACCAAGCAUCAUUUUGCAUCUCGAAGCCCACAUGUAGUCCUUCCAACACAGGACUGGCCUUUUGGCACAUUGAUGCUGACACUUGUAGGGAGUGUUUCCACAGGUACUGGCAGCUUCUGUCCAUGUAGUAAGUCUAAGCAAUGAGCAUUGGUAGGAUGACACCAGGGCCAAGCUCAGGCCUGUUUACAGGCCUCACUGGAUGGCAAUCAACAGCAGGGACAGGAUUUUACCUCUUAAUGUAGGGGCAAGAACACCAAUGGUUUCCUUCCCCCCCCCCCCCCCCCAUUGAUAUCCUGCCUGUGAGAUGAUGGUACCACAAAGCAUAGAAGGGGGGGGUGGAGGAGAAAAGAGCUGCCAAGACAGGCUCCUACUGAUAGAGUUACAAGGCUCCUCUCCACCAGGCCAGCCUGCAGGCUGUGUUUAUGUCAUCACCCAGUAGUGUAACAGAACUUUGUCCCCCUCCCCCUUUUGCUUCAGCCUUUGUCACUGGUCAGUAGAUGAAGCCUCAGCACAGAAUUGUACCCUCAAACAUGUCUGGUGUCCCCUUAAAUAUCUGUUUGGUAUAGGUUUAUUAUUGUCACUUGUACUGCAGUACAAUGGAAAAACUUCUCUUGCAUACUGUUUGUACAGAUCAAUUCAUUGCACAGUGCAGAUGCAUUGAGUUAGUACAGAGUGCAUUGAAGUAGUACAGGUAAAAACAAUAACAGUUAUUAUUGGGGGUUUGUCUCCACCACCCCUUGUGGUGAAUUGGUUUAUUAUUGUCACAAGUACUGAGGUACAGUGAAUAAUGUGUUUUGCAUGCCAGCCAUACAGGUCAUUUCCAUCACAACAGUCCAUUGAGGUAGUACAAGGGAAAACAACAGAGUACAGAAUGAAGUGUUACAGAUCCACAGGCAGACAAUAAGGUGCAAGCCCAUGACAAGGUCGAUCAUGAGGUCAAGAGUCCAUUUUAAUCAUACUAAAGGACCAUUCAAUAAUCUCAUAACAGCAGGAUAGACGUUGUCCUUGAGCCUGUUGCGAGUUGCAUGGUUUUGCCACUGAAGUUUUGAAUAGUUUACUGGUUGGGGGUGGGGUUUCUAAUAAUUUGGGGUUAAGGAUUCAUUACACCGAGCCGUGGUUUUAAAGCCAUUGUGCAAAGGCCUGAAGGUCACAACACAUCUACAGUGUGUUUGGAUGAGUAAUUUGAACUAGCACGACAAUGCCACACAACAAAUCCAGAACACUCCUGCACCUUUUGCAUGUUUGUUGCCCCUUGGCCGGUCAGGGCUGUGACCUUAGACGUGUAACCCUGGAGACGGAUUAUUUUAGAGAAGGUAUCACUGAUAACAAAAGCAGAUGAUCUGGAGCAUUUUAUGUUUGAUAUAAUCAACUCUCCAGUGUCUACACAGUGCAGGUUAGAGUCAGCACCCUGAUGUUACAUGCAUGAAUUCAAAAUACUGCAGAUGCUGAAAAUCUGAAAUUUAAAGAAAACAAAAUGCUCAGCAGUAUCUGUGGAGAUUGAAAUAGAUGUUUCAUCAGAACUGUUGUAUAUAUGCAAUUCCUGUACUGUGAUUUAGGAAAAAUAAAAGUGAUCUUUGUAGUGCA